GCUCCAAAUGCAGAAAAGGAGGGGGGUUCCAUCCCUUGGCAAGACUGCCACGGGAGCUCUGCCCUCACACAGACACAGCCUCCCGUCCCAACCGCCGGUCCCCGUCUCCGACGUGAGCCCUUUGAGCCAAGUGGCAGCCGGCUCGGAAGCUCUGUGACAGGUGUACGUGACAUGGCGGAGCAGCUGUCUAAAGAACAGGUGGCCGAGUUCAAGGAGGCCUUCACCAGUUUUGACAAGGACGGGGAUGGAAAGAUCGACGUCCAGGAGCUGGGUGCCGUGAUGCAGGCCCUGGGCGAGAACCCGUCGGAAGCCGAGCUGAAGCAGCUCAUCGCCCGGGUGGACACCGAUGGCGACGGCCACAUCAGCUUCGACGAGUUCCUGGCAGUGAUGGCCGAGAUCAUGAAGUCCUCGGGCAGCGAGGCGGAGAUGCGGGAAGUCUUCCGUGCCUUCGACCUGGACGGCGACGGCCACAUCAGCGUCAACGAGCUCAAGCAGGCCAUGGCCAAGCUGGGCGAGAAUCCUUCCCAGGAGGAGCUGGACGCCAUGAUCCAGGGCGCCGACGUGGACCAGGACGGGCAAGUGAACUACGAGGAGUUCGUGCGCAUCCUCUCUCAGAAGUGAGGCCCGGCCCGGGGCCCAUCUCCCGCCUGAUUCUGGUCCUCCUGCCUUCUCGGGGCCCCUGCUUCCGUGGCACAGAUGUAAAGGGGAAGUCUGGGUGGGGGGUGGGAAAUUACCUACUGGAGGGAGGGCCUGGGUUCCGCCCCGUCGGCCCGGUGAGACCUCGGAGCAGCUCCUGUAGAGAAACGGGGAGGCCCCCUGCCUCACUGGGCUGCGGUGAGGGACCCCAGAGCAAUGUGGUGGCUGACAUAAAAGCAAUUGGACUCCGAGAGCGGUGCUUGCGAGUCUGGUUGGAAACUGGAAAAUCGAAGGCCCCGAGCGGUGGCAUCUGGGGUUCUUCUGCGCCUCUACGCCCUGCGCUCGGGCCUAGUGGGGGAGCAGACCUGGGUGGGCCAGAUGGUCUGCCUUGGCCUCCCCCGCAUGCCCCAGGAGGACAUCAGGUGCGGGCGGCCGUGUAGGGCUGGGAGGGGACAGAAGAGGCACGUUUCUUUGGUUCAAGGGUCUGCCUGAGCUUCUGGGUCAGGACCGGAGGCCGGAGGCUGCAGCCCGGAGCCUGGGACGGAAACACUGUCUACACCACAAACCAUAAAGUCAUCACUCCUUGCAUUUAGCCAACUGUUCUGUAGGCUCAAAUAAAAAAAAAAAAA